AAAUGACCCUGAACGCAACAGCAGGAUUCGGAAAUGACGCGUCGGACAUUGCGUAUUGGUGACAUCGUUCAAAAUGGCGGCGCUGGCGUCCUUGAUGCUGAAGUCCAGAGCAGGUCUGCUGGUUUCUAGUCAGCCCUGCCUGCUGGAUUCGUUGAGGUUUGCAUCUAAGAAGGCCGGAGGCAGCUCCAAAAACCUCGGAGGGAAGAGCCCUGGCCGGAGGUUUGGCUUCAAGAAACAGGAUGGCCAUUUUGUCCAUGCUGGGAACAUCCUUGCAACACAGAGGAAGAUGAGGUAUCACCCCGGAGCACAUGUGGGCAUGGGAACCAACAGUACCCUCUAUGCGCUGGAGGACGGCUUUGUCAGGUUCACCAAGGAGGUCUACAUCCCACCACCCCGAAGCCCUGAGGUGACCCGCGUCAUCACCAAGCUUCCCAAAGGAGCCGUGCUCUACAAGACCUUCAUCAGCGUUCUGCCAGUGAAGCAGGAGGGCAAAUUCAAACUGGUGGACAUGGUCUGAAAGAGUCAGAACUCAGUGAGGACUCCUUUUUUUGUUUUUUCCAGGAGCUUUUCAAGAACAAUAACAGAAUAGCCAAUGGAUUGAACUGACUCUUGACCUUUUUAUUGGCUGUCUGCUUCAUGAUUAUAUGAACAAUUCCAUUCUGACUUCUCCUGGGACUGAAUAUGAUGGACGAACCUCUCUUCAGUGAUGCUUUUAAACCUUUCCUGUUGCUAAUUCUCAUUAUAUAUAUAGAAAGUUUGUCAGUAAUGUAUUUAUUACAGUUGAAGAACAUGAGACACAUGAGUGAGAUGUGACAUUUAAUCCAGACUCCUCUUCAGGUUAAGGUCAUUGCUGAAUAUUGGAUCGGCUGUAAUAAAGUUUUAUAUGUAAAAGUCUUAA